ACCGACCCUUCUGGCCUUUAGUUCAAAACGCUGGAAGUUCUGUAUUAUCCUAUCUCUUGGAACUCAACUUAUUUCAUCCGCAGCUAACUUCAUGUUCCGGCGUAACUAAUCAAACCAGCCUGUCAUCUACCACAUGUACGAAUACAACGAUUGGAUUAGCACCGAGGAACGCGACUUUCUCCUCAAGAGUGCGCCCCUAUACAAACUCGACAUAUCAAUCAGCACCAACGAUGCCUGCCAUCGGCUCAAUUCCCUCUUCCACAAGGACGCAGAUUUGUUCAAGGAUAUCUGGCGCAUCAACGGCGACGUUCCAGACAGCAAAGCCAACUUUGCCCAGCAAUUUCCUAAGGUGGCCACCAGCUUGGAUGGGGAGUUUCACCAUCAGAUCAUCGACCACACAUUUUUGACGAGAUGGCUACCGGGCAGCGUGCUCAAAGUGAUCCACCCGUCAUUCGCCGACUUCAAGAUCGCUCGAAAGUUGACCGCGAAGCAGGUGCCCACCAGACAGGAGCAUGGGUUGUGUCAGGAGUUGGAAGGGCAAGGCGUGUGGGACCGCACAGGCCAAUGGUCUUGCGUGAUGAAAAAUUUGUCAAAACCGUUAGAUUUCUCGUACAACGACGAAUUUGGAAAGAAGUUUUUCUUCAGCUAUGGUGACUGGUGUGACUGGAAAAAACAGAUGAAGGAGAGGCUUACUGAAUCUGCUGCCGAGGGGAACUACGAAACCCAUCUCAGAUUGGGAAAUCUUUCCAAGAGACUCCCAGACAGCGUGAAGGUUGAAAUUCCCUAAGUGUCUCAUCCAAACACAAUUAUGCAUUUUAUUUUUUUGCCGCAUGGCAUUCUUUUUCUUUCUUUUACUCGGGGUUUUUGGUGUUUCAGUUUAUGUAUAAGCGUCUUUGUUUAAUU